AUGAGUCCUGGGAAACAGCUCACUGUCACUCACAUAGUCCAACUCAACUCCACCCAACCACACACUACGCAAUCCUUGUAGGGUAGCUGUGCUCUUUCUGAGAAGUCUAGAACUUUAGUGGAACGGUAGUAGAGAGGACAGAGAAAGUACCUAUAGUGAACUAGGACCCCAGGAAUUAGCCACUGGUGGGCAUUGUGGUGCUUCAUAGGCAGCCAACCAUACAAAAAGAAGAACUUUACAUCCUUCUUGUCAUUUUGAAAGACUGUAAAACCAGAGUCCAAUCUUCAUCAUCUCACAGGAAGCCAAGAACUUACUACUUGUUCGGGACCUUGAACAAUGAAUUCAUAAAGACUCUUAAAGGUCCAGAAACAAAGUCCAUGCAGACAAAAUCCUCUGGAAGCAGAAACCCUCUCUCUUUAAUAGAAAAGUAAAUACAGAAGCCAUUGUUCCUGACCAGUUCCUGAUGGAGAUUUCAGCUACCACAGAAGACUACUAUACAGCCACAGAAUUUGACUAUGGAGACUCCACCCCAUGCCAAAAGGCUGCUGUAAGAGCCUUAGGGGCUGGACUCCUACCACCCCUGUACUCCCUGGUGUUCAUCAUUGGAGUGAUAGGCAAUGUUCUGGUGGUUCUGGUGCUCAUGCAGUACAGGAGGCUUCGAAGCAUGACCAGCAUCUACCUGUUCAACCUGGCCAUCUCUGAUCUGGUCUUUCUUUUCACUUUGCCUUUCUGGAUUGACUACAAGCUGAAAGACAACUGGGUUUUUGGUGAUGCCAUGUGUAAGCUCCUCUCUGGGUUUUAUUACCUGGGCUUAUACAGUGAGAUAUUCUUUAUCAUCCUGCUGACGAUUGACAGGUACCUGGCUAUUGUUCAUGCAGUGUUUGCCCUGAGGGCCCGGACUGUCACUUUUGGCAUCAUCACUAGCAUCAUCACCUGGGUCCUAGCCAUCUUGGCCUCCAUUCCUGGCUUAUACUUUUUCAAAGUCCAGUGGGAAGCCAAUCACAAUACCUGUAGUCCUCAUUUCCCCUAUGAGAGCCUGAAGCAGUGGAAGCGGUUUCAGGCUCUGAAGCUGAACCUCCUUGGGCUAAUUUUGCCUCUGCUAGUCAUGAUCAUCUGCUACACAGGGAUCAUCAGUAUUCUGCAAAGACGACCCAGUGAGAAGAAGGCCAAAGCCGUGCGCCUGAUAUUUGCUAUCACGCUUCUCUUCUUCCUCCUCUGGACCCCCUAUAAUCUGACUGUAUUUGUUUCUGCUUUCCAAGAUGUUCUAUUCACCAAUCCAUGUGAGCAGAGCAAACAGCUGGACCUGGCCAUGCAGGUGACUGAGGUGAUUGCCUACACUCACUGCUGUGUCAACCCAGUCAUUUACGUCUUUGUGGGUGAGCGGUUCCGGAAGUACCUCCGGCAGCUGUUUCGAAAACAUAUGGCUGUACCCCUGGCAAAAUGGUUGCCCUCCCAUUUUGUGGACCAACCAGAAAGGGCCAGUUCUAUAUCUCCAUCCACAGGAGAGCAUGAGCUCUCUGCUGGCUUCUGAUUCAGACCCCUGGGUGUCAACCAAGGUCUAGGAGAGAGUGAGGAGAUAGAACAUGGCUCUCUAGGACAGAUACCGGCAGCUGUCACAAUGAGGAUUCACAAUCUUGUAGGGUGAGAGGAAACUUAAAGGUGGCUUAGGUAUAAGUCAUCUCUUUAAUUUAACUUUCCUUGAAUGUCUCUCUGUUGAAAAGUAGAUGAAUGAAAAAGUAGGAUGUUCCAGAGACUAGGAUAAUGGAUACCAAUGAAGGGCUUGGGCCCAAUAAGAAUUAGGAUCUGUGGACAUUAACAAACAGAGCUGAACUAAACUUUUACUGAAUCCCACCCCUAAUGAUGUGAUAUUCUAAACAAAAUUCAAGAAAGUAUUGUAAUAGAAAAGAAUUUUGUAUACUUGUAUAUUGACAUACAUUAUAAAGCAUAAGAUGUUAUAUUAAAAAUUUAAACUGUAACAAACU